AUUCAUUUCAGGUGUACAACAUAGCGAUGUCUAUACAACCUACAAAGUGAUCACCAAUAAAUCUUGUACCCAAGAAGCCAUUUUUAAGUGUGCUAAAAGCGCUUGGCCAGCAUGACUGAGUGAGCUCUGUGCUGCCUAUCGAUCUGCUCCCCAGUUCUGAAUUCUUUCUGGAAGCUCGGGCAGGGAAGAUGAUCCAGUCAGACGAAGGAGCAGGUUCACCAGACAAGAAGGACAUGAAGCCUUCCACGACAUCCAACCCAGAGAACGGUCUCUCCCAAAUCCUGAGGCUUGUGCUGCAAGAGCUGAAUCUGUUCUACAGCCGAGAUGUGAAUGGAGUGUGUCUCCUGUACGAUCUCCUCCACUCCCCGUGGCUUCGGGCUCUGCUGAAGGUGUAUGACUGCCUCCAGGAAUUUAAAGAAAGGAAACUUGUUCCUGCCACACCUCACGCACAGACAUUAUCCUAUGAGGUAGUAGAGAUAUUGCAUGCAAGCCCUAGUUCCCCUGAGAUCCGAGAGCUGAGACAGAUCCUCCAGGCUCCACACUUUAAGGCCUUGCUCAGUGCCCAUGACACUGUGGCUCAGAAAGAUUUCGAACCCCCUCUCCCCCCACUGCCUGACAAUAUCCCUGAGAGUGAAGAAGCAAUGAGGAUUGUUUGUUUGGUGAAAAACCAACAGCCCCUGGGAGCGACCAUCAAGCGCCAUGAGAUGACAGGGGACAUCUUGGUGGCCAGAGUCAUUCAUGGCGGGCUGGCUGAGAGGAGUGGGUUGUUAUAUGCUGGAGACAAAUUAGUGGAAGUGAACGGAGUUUCAGUUGAGGGAUUGGACCCCGAGCAAGUGAUCCAUAUUCUGGCUAUGUCUCGCGGCACAAUCAUGUUUAAGGUGGUUCCAGUUUCUGACCCUCCUGUUAAUAACCAGAAGAUGGUGUACGUUCGUGCCAUGACCGAGUACUGGCCCCAGGAGGAUCCUACCAUCCCAUGCGUGGAUGCCGGGUUACCCUUCCAGAAGGGGGACAUCCUCCAGAUUGUGGACCAGAAUGAUGCCCUCUGGUGGCAGGCCCGGAAAAUCUCAGACCUUGGUACCUGUGCUGGUCUAAUCCCUUCUAACCACCUUAUGAAGAGGAAGCAACGUGAGUUCUGGUGGUCUCAACCGUACCAGCCUCACACCCACCUCAAAUCAACCACCUUGAUUUCCAUGGAAGAAGAAGAUGACAUGAAGAUUGAUGAGAAAUGUGUGGAAGCAGAUGAAGAAACAUUUGAAUCUGAGGAACUUUCAGAAGACAAGGGAGAAUUUGUAGGCUGUGAUCAGAAGUUCUUUAUUGCUGGCUUCCGCCGCAGCAUGCGCCUUUGUCGCAGGAAAUCUCACCUCAGCCAGGUGCGCGCCGGUGCGUGGUGCGCCGACAGCUGCUGCAGUGCGGUGGGCACCCCUUAUGAGGAGGUGAUGAGGUACCAGCGACGCCCUUCAGACAAGCACCGCCUCAUAGUGCUCGUGGGACCUUCUGGUGUUGGAGUAAAUGAACUGAGAAGACAACUUAUUGAACUCAAUCCUAACCAUUUUCAAAGUGCUGUGCCACAUACUACUCGUUCCAAAAAGAGUUAUGAAAUGGAUGGACGUGAAUAUCAUUAUGUGUCAAAGGAAACAUUUGAAAGCCUCAUGUAUAGCCACAGGAUGCUCGAGUAUGGUGAGUACAAAGGCCACCUGUAUGGCACCAGUGUGGAUGCUGUUCAAGCAGUCCUUGAUGAAGGGAAGAUCUGUGUCAUGGACUUAGAGCCUCAGGGUAUUCAAGUGGCUCGAACCCAUGAACUGAAGCCCUAUGUCAUAUUUAUAAAACCAUCUAACAUGAGUUGUAUGAAGGAAUCGAGGAAAAAUGCCAAGAUCAUUACAGACUACUUUGUGGACAUGAAAUUCAAGGAUGAAGAUCUACAGGAGAUGGAAGAUUUAGCCCAAAAAAUGGAGACUCAGUUUGGCCAGUUUUUUGAUCAUGUGAUUGUGAAUGACAAGCUGCAAGAAGCAUGUGCCCAGUUGUUGUCUGCAGUUCAGAAGGCUCAGACGGAGCCUCAGUGGGUACCAGCGACAUGGGUUUCCUAUGAUCCUGAGUCUUAGGGAGGCAUUCUGCUUAAUGCUGGAGUUUUAACAAUGUUCACCCGUUAGAAAGCUCUGGGCUAACAGCUGCAAUCUAAUAUAGCAAUAUUUGCCCUAUUAUAAUGUGUGCAACUUUAAAAGUACUUUAGUUUAUUAAUUUUGAAAAAAAAUCCAUUGUAUGGUUAUGUUUAUCUAUUCGGCUUUUGGGAAAAAAAAGUUUUCCUUUACCUCAUAUGCAGCAAUUGAUAGGAAUAUGAACAGUGUUAAGUCACUGAGUAUGAGAACCCUUCAUAGAUUUCAUGUGGUCUUUGUACAAUUUAGAUAAAAAGAGCUUCCCUAAAUAAAAUAAGUAGUAUUUAA